AUGCAAAUCCGCAGCCCCCAGCGCCUGACCAGUAGCAUCGACAUCGUCGAUAGAGCUUCCUCGAUUGGUCACUCUGAGACUCAUGUACACGGAGCACUUGUUUCUAUCGAUUUAAAUUGCCCUGCAGACUUGUUUUACGGUCGCAAAAAUCUCGUUGCCAAAUUCAGCCUGUCUUUUACAACACAGAUUCAAGAUGGAUUUCACAAAUCUAUUGCGAUCCAGCAUGCGAAAGUCGACUAUUUUAGAGCUGACAACGACAUGCGAAAAUUGGUGAACGGUUUCAAACUCCCAGCGCCUGAAAUAAAAGGAGAUUACAAAGACGGAAAAGCCGAUAUCGAAAUACCUCAGCCCAAUGCUCAUGAAACCAACUAUUCCGGCAAUAUCAGAAUUAUAGUGCUUUUAGACGCCUAUCCAUCGAAUAUGAAUGUAUCGGCAUCUUUGUCUAUUUUAUCCACUGCAGAUGGAAGUAGCCGACCUAGUCGCGCCUUCAAUAGUGUCACCCAUCCUCAAAUAGCGCCAUCUCCGAGUGAAGAAAGACUCCAGAGGCUUCUAUGUUGGACCGCAGGUCUUGGCUACGAGAAGUUGUUUGCGGCAUAUCUUGAUCAGGAACCAUCCAUACUUGACAUGGAGGAUGAAUUUGGGAUGACACCCUUCUCAUGUGCAGCACUAGCUGGAAAGACUUCAGUGAUCCAACAGGCAUUGCAGCAUGGUGGUUGCAUUAGCGCUAGAGAAAAGACAGAACGAGGACCUUCGCCUCUUGAAGCUGCUGCACGCAGCAAAGAUCCCGGCAUAUUCGAUUCGUUCCUGAUAUUUCUCAAAUAUUAUGAGACAAUAGACAAUGAUAUUUUUGAACCCGGAGAAAAAUCUCGACUCGGAAAGACGCCUGCACUCAGUGCCACAGAAAUUGAACAGGAACUUAAUACCGCAGUCCGCGGCGAGCAGACAGCAACAAUUACGAAACUGAUCGGAAUGCUCCUCGCUCACCAAGUUGAACAUAUAAAAGACGACUGGCUAGCUCAUCAAAUGUUACAGGCAGCGGAGAAAGGUGCCCUCUGUCUUGUUCAAGUUUUAAUAUCUUGUGGUGCAAAUGUUAAAUCAGAAAUUGCUGUGCAAGAUCGUUAUGGGAAUGAGCAGAGGAAAACACCACUUUUGGGUGCAAUAGAGAAUGAUAGAAUAAAAGUUGCGAAAUUCCUUAUUAGCCACGGUGCUGGGAACCAAGAUGCAUUGCACGCUGCUGUUAUGAGAAAACAGCACAAUACGAUUCGAGCACUGCUACAGGUUGGAAUACCAGUGGACAAAGACGCUACGAAGAAACUACUCAGCAUUGCGACCGACAAUAGAGAUUCAACGACUCUCAUGCUGCUCAAGCUAGAAGAUGGGACUGGGGAAUUGGCAACUUCUGAUACACUGGAUCAAGAAGUCGACAAGCUUUUUGAAGCAACAGUAGUUGACUUCAUUGAUGAUAGGAGCACGAAAUUCUCAGAACUUACUGUGAGCGAAUUAAUGAAGAAGAAGCCCGAUUUCUUUAAGGUCAGCGGCAAGACCAACUUUAAGUGGUUUCAUUUACCAGCAAACAAUAUGAAAUGGGUUGAGGCUUUAAUCCGCAAGAUCUACCAUUAUGAGCCCUUAUUAGUCUAUAAAGUCUUGGAGCCGAAGCGAUGGGUAAAGAGACAACAUGAAGGAGAGCACAACUCUGCACAUGCACGCUUCAUGCUACCAACAUGCUUCGACUUUUCCGAGGCCUUCGAAGACAAGAAGAAAAUUGGAAAUGAUAAUAAGGACAAGCAUGUGGUUCUUUUUAUGCCUUAUCUUUACUGGGACGAACAAAAAACAAUGAAUAGAAGAUCGGAACUUCUAGCUGCUUAUUAUUCGGACUUGUCAGAGGGCGAGACAACAAGUUCCAUCAAGUUUCCACCUGGUACCCCAAAAGAGGAAAAACUAUUGAGAAGGUACCUGUUCUCCGGAGAUAACGGCAAACCUCAUUCUCGUCAUGUUCUUCAUAUACGCAGGACGUUAGACCAGUCGCUAUAUCACAAUUUGAAAGACACAAUAAUUCGAGAUGCCGACCAGACCGUUCACCGAUACCAAAAGAAAUUGAAUAAAAAGAAGCGAGAAGAUGAGCCUUUGGCCGCUAUUAUGGUAGACCAACUUUGGCUGUGGAUUCUCGUGGGGCAAUCUGGGAAGGCCGAUACCAUUGUUACAUGCUUUCCAUCCAGAGAUUGGUCCGACGUUGGUAUGAACACUACCGAGCCUGCUGAAACUAAGCCGAUAUUGGAUCAAAGACGUACCACAGACGUCUUACAAAUUACAAAGUCCUAUAUUCAGCAUAGACCCAAUGCUGUGAAAACACCAUAUGAUCUUGCCGGUGUUAUUGCUAGCAGGUGUUCAAGAGCACUUCUGGAUCACUCUACCGAUAUGAUUAACUUUGCGGAAGUUUAUGAGAACUCUAUUAGUGAUAUUAUGAAUGAAGAGACUUUGCUCUUCAAUAGAUUCAACAAUUUGAUGCAGACUCGCACCAAGAGAAUGGACGGGUUUAUUACCGAGCAUAAAACCGAAAACAAGUCGGAAAAGUACAGUGCUUACCAAGGUCUAGCAGACCAAAUCAUGGAUGACAUUCAACUAGUUCAAAGCCGGGAGAUGAUUCCUGAAAUUUCUGCGGAAUAUUGCGAAGUUCAUCGCCAAUACACUUUAGAAUCAGAAAUUCCCAACGUGGGUGAAAUUAAGAAGUUAGAGUCGAAAAUGAACGACGACGAUAAGAAGGAGCAUUUAAUUAAGCUUCUGGAGAAGUUUGGACGAUUCUACGUUCUUGAUAUAACAAGAGAGAUCACACUUCUUAGUCAGAUCAAAGACAUUCAGGACGAGCUACAAAUGAUGGAAAAGGUGUUUGCAGAACAGAAGGAUGUUCUCGAAAUGAUGGAUCGAAUUGUUCACAAUAUGAAACAAGCUAGUUCUGAUCGAAAUGGAGAUGUGAUAGCCAGGGAAGUUAUGGCCAAACCGCCUCCUCUGAUGAUAUCUGGUAGCAAUAGGGCGGAGGGGACCAAUAGUGAGGAGUUACAGAAUGACCUCGACACAUACGACGAUUCAAACAACGAUAGCAUAUUUGGAGAUCUGAGCAGCCUCGUUGAAUUGAAGCAAAAGCAAAACAACAUGAUUGACACUCGAACUGCCCGCCUUCAAGCUGAGCAAGCCCACUCAAUGACACUUGAAGCUGAGAAACAGAGUAAAACGUUGAUGGUAUUCACAAUAGUUACCAUCGUCUUUCUGCCUUUAUCCUUCAUCGCCGCUUUCUUUGCAAUUCCCACCAAAGAAUUUGACAACAAUAGCCUAACACUAGGCUUCGUAUCAAAGGUUACAUUCCCAGCAUCUGCCGCUAUAUCACUUUUGUUUAUCGCUGUUGGGUUUUCCGUGUCAUACUGGCGGUCGGUCAUAGGGAGAAUUCACGUUAUGGUUCACAACCUCAGGAAUAAAUCAACCAGACACUUCAACCGAAAUGGCAACGACACCGCUCCAUUGGAAAAAGUUGUUACAUACAAAUAG